CGAAUCCAUUUUAGCAAACAAUAUUAUCGUUAUUGCUCAAUUGCCAAAUUGUUACUGUUAGAAUUUAGAGACGGUUAGAGACGGUUAGAGACUGCCAAGUCCUACUCUGAGUAGGCUUCAGACCAAACCAAGAAUAAAAGCAGAGCAUGCGCUACUAAAAUUAACACGUCCACAACCUGAGGGCAAAAAAGAAUUCAGAAAAGAGAAAAGAAAAGAAAGAAAAAAGAAAAAAAAUUUAAAGGGAAGGUGAAUUAGCAAUGGAGGUGGAGGGAGCACGGGAGAGGCGAGUUCGACUCGUCAUCAAGAGCGGAGGUGUAGUCGUGGCGAGAUCUUGCCGCCUCUACGCGGUCAAAGAUGAUCCAGCUCAAGAGGAGGAGAAGAAAUCAGAGGAGUUACCGAGAAAACGACUUCGCCUCAACGGUGAGGGCUCAGCGCCUACGGAGGCUGCAACACCACAGUACUCUACCGCCGCAGAUGUAACCAGCUGUGCAGCCAAGAAUCCGAUGGAGAAUUUGAGGAGAAGACGAGUCGAACCAACUCAACAUCCUCGGCAGAGCACUAAACAAGCACCAUCCCGUCCUGCUGAUAAAACUGAUGUCAAGAUCACUGAGGAAUCACGAUCUCCUCCUGCCGAUGAUAAGCCUUCCGUUCAGAUCGCGCAGAAUCUAUCGCUUGGUGAGAAGCUCGAGAUUACCAAAAGAAAGCUCCACCAAAGUUAUCAAGAAUCCAACAACGCGAGGAAGCAGCGGAGCGUCAAAGUUUUGGAGCUGGACGAGUUACCGAAGAAACAAGGUACCAACGAGGAGAAGUUGAGGGAGAAGAAACGAGCACUGAUGAAGAAAAGAAUCCACAUGCCAAGUUUUCGUUUGAGACGGUGAGCGCGGAUUCGAUAUCGACAUAUAUAUAUAUAUACGUAUGUAUAUAUACUUAUUGUAUUAGAUGCAGUCUUUGUGUAAGAGUUUAAAAAAUGUUGUAAAACUUUCCCGCAUUAAUGUGGAAAAGGGCUGUUUGCAUUUGUG